GGCCCUGCCUCUCUCGUGUUAAAAAAAAGCCGACCCUGCCUCCAGCCACCAAAGACCAAACCCUAGCCAUGGCGGCCGCAGCAAACCCUCCCGCGGCCCUCCCGUCGGCGCCCCCGCCCUCGUACCCCGCCACCGCCGCCCACUGCGCCUCCUCCUCCUCCGCCGCGGCCGAGGACGACGACGACCUCUACGGCCGCCUCAAAUCGCUCCAGCGCCACAUGGAGUUCGUCGAGAUCCAGGAGGAGUACGUCAAGGACGAGCAGAAGAACCUGAAGCGCGAGCUGCUGCGCGCGCAGGAGGAGGUCAAGCGGAUCCAGUCCGUGCCCCUCGUCAUCGGCCAGUUCAUGGAGAUGGUCGACGGCAACAACGGCAUCGUCGGAUCCACCACGGGGAGCAACUACUACGUGCGGAUCCUCAGCACCAUCAACCGCGAGCUGCUCAAGCCGUCGGCGUCGGUCGCCCUGCACCGCCACUCCAACGCGCUCGUCGACGUGCUGCCGCCCGAGGCCGACUCCAGCAUCUCGCUGCUCGCUUCGUCGGAGAAGCCCAACGUCCUGUAUUCGGACAUUGGAGGAUGUGAUAUUCAAAAACAAGAAAUUCGGGAGGCAGUUGAGCUACCAUUGACACACCAUGAGUUGUACAAGCAGAUUGGUAUUGAUCCUCCAAGAGGGGUGCUACUCUAUGGUCCUCCAGGCACUGGCAAGACCAUGCUUGCUAAAGCUGUGGCACAUCACACUACUGCUGCUUUUAUCAGAGUGGUUGGUUCAGAGUUUGUGCAGAAGUACUUGGGUGAGGGCCCAAGGAUGGUUCGAGAUGUAUUCCGCUUAGCUAAAGAGAAUGCCCCGGCUAUAAUAUUCAUUGAUGAGGUUGACGCUAUAGCAACUGCCCGAUUCGAUGCUCAGACUGGAGCUGACCGAGAAGUUCAGCGUAUUUUGAUGGAGCUGCUCAAUCAGAUGGACGGAUUUGAUCAGACAGUGAAUGUGAAGGUUAUAAUGGCGACCAAUCGGGCAGAUACUCUAGAUCCUGCUCUGCUGCGUCCAGGAAGACUGGACAGGAAAAUUGAGUUCCCUCUGCCAGACCGGAGGCAGAAGAGGCUUGUUUUCCAAGUUUGUACUUCUAAAAUGAAUUUAAGUGACGAGGUUGAUUUGGAAGAUUAUGUCUCCAGACCAGAUAAAAUCAGCGCUGCAGAUAUAACUGCUAUUUGCCAGGAAGCUGGCAUGCAUGCUGUUCGGAAAAAUCGGUAUGUUAUUCUCCCCAAGGACUUCGAGAAGGGUUACCGGACCAACGUCAAGAAGCCUGAUACAGAUUUUGACUUCUACAAGUGAGGCAACGAAGUGUUAGGGAUGAAUGUGUGGAUAGUCAGCCUCUAUGUGACAUUAAUAUCUUUGUAUCCUGCAUGCGCCUAAUCUAUUUGAUCAGAUUCAACUACUAUUUUAUUUUGUGUUUCUAGUUGGAAAAGUAUAAAGGGCAUGCACGUUCAAUCUCACGAGUGUUGUAAGCUACUUGUUUGUCAAGUUUCGCUUGACCAUUGCGUGCUUGUUGUCGAUGUUGUGAUUGUCUUCCCCAGGAAAAUUGGUGUAACACUUUAAAAUUUAACUUUUCCAUGUUUUACCAACUUUAUAGAAAAAUAUAUUCGCAUUUA